AUGAAACUGCUAAACCAAACACCAUACAUGACAGUGUGUUGUUGGCAACCAGUAAGCCGAGAACACGGAGAACGAGACUUUGAGACCGGUGGGCGGGAAGCCCGGUUGGGAAGAUUAAUGAGGAUGACAAAACCCACAAAAAUCCACCUUAAGCGUUUUAUAUCUUUGCCUGAAAACAAAUCUAAGCCUCCUCCGAGUACCGAUUGCGACAUAUUAACCCUAGAAAUAUUAUACUUAAGGAUGAACGGAUGUAACCUGCACCGGUGA